AUGGGAGGAGCAGAUUACACCAAGCUGGCUAUUCCUGGGUCUUACAUCAAUGUUUUGGACUUCAAAACUGUGAAACAACUGGCGGAUUACCUUCAUUAUUUGGACACUAACAAUACCGCUUAUAACGAAUACUUUAAAUGGAGAUUAAAAUACAAAGUGUUUCGCGGCAACCUUGAUUUAUCGUUGUGUCAAAUAUGCAAAUGGUAUGUUUCAAAAUCACCACUUGAGCCAAAGGUUUAUCAUGAUCUUGCAGAUCAUUGGGUGACAAAAGGAAAAUGUAAUGCGAAAAAUCACCUUGUCACAAAUAUGUGGGAAACUCAAUCGGUAAUUACUACAUUAUCUUUUUACUUUUUGCCGUUUGUUUUGGCUGUUUUGGCUUUAGUGCUGGCAUUACAAAGAAGACUAGCCAGAAAAAGCUAA